GGUACCAGCCAGGGAACUGGGGAGUCUUGGAGAGAGUCGGGUGGGGCUGGAGGGGGCGCGGAGGUCGCCCCACCCCUGGAUGCAGCAACCGCAAGCGAGAGGGAGCCAGAAGCCCUUAAGAGAGACAAAAGAGAGAGCUAGUGGAUGCUGGGGGGGGGGGGGGGGUGGAGAGCCCCCUGGGGCUCCUGGGCUUUGGGUGUCCAGGGGCACUGUUCUUCAGACCCCAAAAGCCUUAUCACACACGAUUUUCCUCUGGGCUCGCGUGUGUCCCAAGGCUCUGUGUGACCGGGGUUCGGCCGCUGGACAGUCGGUGGUUUCUAGGGUUGGGGAAAGAGGGACGUCUCACGAGGGACGGGUAGCUUAGAGAUCCCUGGCCGUUAGCUGAGGGGGCGCCUCAAUCAACGCUGGCAGAGCAACCUGCCACAUAUGCCCUCCACCUCAACCUUCCACCUGCCAGCCUCCGGAGCACCGUGCGCUGCUUUCCAGAGCACCUGAGGGCCUCUCCACCUGCUCCAGUCUCCCUGCUCACCCCAUCUGUUACCAGCUCUCCCCCCAUCACCGGCCUACCCACACGGGUUACCCUGGCUUCGCCCACCUCCCGCCCUCAGUUCCCUCACCUACCCCCAAUUCUCAGUACCCAUCUCUUCCACCUUCCCCCAUCCAAGUCCUAGACAAUGCCCACGCCCCCACCCUACUACCCUAAGCCCCCAGCCCUCGCCUGGUCCGCAAGCCUGUGCUGAUUGGCUGCGGGCCCAAUGUCCAGCCCCCGGGAUGGUCCUUGGGGCUCGGAGCAUUACGUCAGCUGGGCCUGGAGAGCGCUAGCGCGAAGGGGACUGGGGGGCUCCGGCUGGGGGCGCGGCCUACGCAGGCUGCCCCACCCUCCCUGCAUAAAAGGCCCAGUCCGCCGGGCCGACGUUCUCAGCCAGUCGGUUCCCGAGCGUGUUCCCGGUGACCCCACAGUGGGUGUUUAAGGGAGGACGGACAGACUGACCAGACGCCGACCAGGGCCAGAAGAAGCUAGCUAACACCAUGCGUGAGAUCGUGCACAUCCAGGCGGGCCAGUGUGGCAACCAGAUCGGCGCCAAGUUUUGGGAGGUCAUCAGUGAUGAGCAUGGGAUCGACCCCACUGGCAGUUACCAUGGAGACAGUGACUUGCAGCUGGAGAGAAUCAACGUGUACUACAACGAAGCCACUGGUAACAAAUAUGUACCUCGGGCCAUCCUGGUGGAUCUGGAGCCAGGCACCAUGGACUCGGUCAGGUCUGGACCAUUCGGCCAGAUCUUCAGGCCAGACAACUUCGUGUUUGGCCAGAGCGGUGCUGGAAACAACUGGGCAAAGGGCCACUACACAGAGGGAGCCGAGCUGGUCGACUCGGUCCUGGACGUGGUGAGGAAGGAAUCAGAAAGCUGUGACUGUCUGCAGGGCUUCCAGCUGACCCACUCACUGGGGGGCGGCACAGGGUCUGGUAUGGGCACCCUGCUCAUCAGCAAGAUCCGGGAGGAGUACCCCGACCGCAUCAUGAACACCUUCAGCGUCAUGCCCUCGCCCAAAGUGUCAGACACGGUGGUCGAGCCCUACAACGCCACCCUGUCUGUGCACCAGCUGGUGGAAAACACAGAUGAAACCUACUGCAUCGACAACGAGGCGCUGUACGACAUCUGCUUCCGCACCCUGAAACUGACCACCCCCACGUACGGCGACCUCAACCACCUGGUGUCGGCCACCAUGAGCGGGGUGACCACCUGCCUGCGCUUCCCGGGCCAGCUGAACGCCGACCUGCGCAAGCUGGCCGUGAACAUGGUGCCCUUCCCGCGCCUGCACUUCUUCAUGCCCGGCUUCGCGCCGCUCACCAGCCGGGGCAGCCAGCAGUACCGCGCGCUGACGGUGCCCGAGCUGACCCAGCAGAUGUUCGACUCCAAGAACAUGAUGGCCGCGUGCGACCCGCGCCACGGCCGCUACCUGACCGUGGCUGCCAUCUUCCGCGGCCGCAUGUCCAUGAAGGAGGUGGACGAGCAGAUGCUCAACGUGCAGAACAAGAACAGCAGCUACUUCGUCGAGUGGAUCCCCAACAACGUGAAGACGGCCGUGUGCGACAUCCCGCCGCGCGGCCUCAAGAUGUCGGCCACCUUCAUCGGCAACAGCACGGCCAUCCAGGAGCUGUUCAAGCGCAUCUCGGAGCAGUUCACGGCCAUGUUCCGGCGCAAGGCCUUCCUGCACUGGUACACGGGCGAGGGCAUGGAUGAGAUGGAGUUCACCGAGGCCGAGAGCAACAUGAACGACCUGGUGUCCGAGUACCAGCAGUACCAGGACGCCACGGCCGACGAGCAGGGCGAGUUCGAGGAGGAGGAGGGCGAGGACGAGGCUUAAGCUCGGUGUAAAGCGGGUUAGGGAAAGCUGAGAAGGAAAAGCACGGGGGAGGGGGGCUUAGUGGUGAAAAUCUCGUGGCAGUCGAAGGAAAGAAGCAUGGUCUUCUCUAGGUGUGUGCGCGGCAUCUCUGGUGCUCUUCACUGUUGCCUGUCAUUUGGUUUCCUUUCUUUUUGUAAUAUUGACGACAUCAAUGUAACAUUUGAGCUAUUUCUGAACUCCUGUUGUAACGGCUAAAAUCACAUAAACGUUUGUGUCCUAA